UCAAUCUAGCACCAGAGGUUGAAACUGUCCAGUUGAAUCUUACUUGCUACAUCACAAGGUGAAAAUAACUUUUAUCCCAAAGGCCUAAGUGUUUAUGUUUUAGAUUGUUGACUUCAUUGUACGGGUUACCAUCUGACAUCAAAACGUAAUCGACUUUAUUGAGGAAUACAAGUGUACUUUGGGCUGCUUUCUGCAGAGACUUUGUUGAGAGCUGUUAUAAAGAAAAUCAACUAUCAGACCCCACCAUGGCACCUGUUGUCGGAGGUCCUGUGGGUUACACUCCUCCAGAGGGGGGCUGGGGUUGGGCUGUGGUGAUGGGGGCCUUCAUCUCUAUUGGUUUCUCCUACGCCUUCCCAAAGUCCAUCACAGUGUUCUUCAAGGAGAUUGAAGUGAUCUUCAAUGCCAGCAGCAGCCAAGUUUCUUGGAUAUCUUCCAUCAUGCUAGCUGUCAUGUAUGGAGGAGGCCCCAUCAGCAGUAUCCUAGUAAAUAAGUAUGGUAGUCGUCCCAUAAUGAUAGCAGGGGGCUGCCUCUCGGGAGCUGGACUCAUUGCUGCUUCGUUCUGUAACACAGUGGCAGGCUUGUAUUUCUGUGUGGGUGUGAUAGGAGGUCUUGGCCUUGCAUUCAAUCUCAAUCCAGCCCUUACAAUGAUUGGCAAAUACUUCUACAAGAAGAGGCCUAUUGCUAAUGGAAUUGCAAUGGCUGGUAGCCCAGUUUUUUUGUCUACUUUGGCCCCACUAAACACCUGGUUCUAUGACCAAUUUGGCUGGAGGGGUAGUUUCCUUAUCCUUGGUGGGCUUCUGUUUAACUGUUGUGUAGCUGGAUCUCUUAUGAGGCCCAUUGGGCCAAAGCCCAAGCCUGCUGUGAAAGAGUCCAACACUCCUGGUGAGAAGAAGACUGUGAUGGAAGUUAUCAACAGUUUCAUUGAUCUGUCCCUCUUCAAACACCGUGGCUUUCUCCUGUACCUCAUGGGAAACAUUGUUAUGUUCUUUGGUUUAUUCUGCCCUCUCGUAUUCCUCAGUAAUUAUGCCAAGAGUAAACAUAUUGCAAAAGAGAAAGCUGCUUUUUUGCUCUCAGUAUUGGCCAUAGUGGACAUGGUGGCACGUCCCUCCAUGGGAACAGUGGCCAACACCAAAUGGGUGCGACCCAGAGUGCAACACUUCUUUGCAGCCUCUGUUCUGUUUAAUGGUUUAUGCCAUGUGCUUGCACCCCUGUCUGUGGACUACAUGGGAUUUGUGGUCUAUGCGAUCUUCUUUGGCUUUGCGUUUGGGUGGCUGAGUUCAGUGCUGUUUGAGACACUGAUGGAUCUGGUAGGAGCCCAGCGCUUCUCCAGUGCAGUGGGGCUGGUGACCAUUGUAGAGUGUGGGCCAGUAUUACUUGGCCCUCCUUUAUUGGGAAAAUUUAAUGACAUCUACCAUGACUACAAGUACACUUACAUAAGCUGUGGAAUAAUCCUUUUGGUCUCGAGCUUGUUCCUCUUUGUUGGCAUGGGCAUCAACUACAGGAUGCUGGAUAAGGAAGCAAAGGAGGAAGCUAAAAGAGCACAGCUGAAAAGAAAUGAGGAUGAAUCCACCAUGGAUAUUUCCAACAAGGGGACUGCUAGUGAUGCAGCUGGGGCAGUACGAGCAAAUAUGGAUUCCAAAACUGCAGAAGAUGCUGUAUGAAGCUGCCCCAGCCUGUGAAUGAUUGGUUUUAAUUUGUGGCAUUAAAUCUGUUUUCCAGAUUUCAAUGCACUAUUCUAACUCAGCUGUUUGGGUGCUGUGGUAGUUGUGGUAAUUAAGCCCAUUCCACUUUAAAACAGAUUUACUGAGAAGACAUGAGAAAAGGCUGCUCAGUAUCUACAUGACAUUAACAAUGGGCCUUAUCUAAAUUUCACAAAAAAGAAAGAAAAAAACCCCCCAAACAUCCAGAAACAUCUUUCUUCAAGUUAAAUAUCGCAUGUCCCUAUUUUUUGCAUUACAUUCAAGUAGUAAUAUAGAUAUGCGUUAUAUUAGCCUGUGCAUGAACCAAUUAAUGAAAAGAAACAUUACUUUAAAAUAUCUUUAUUUAUUUGUAUCUACAUCUACCCUCAAUAUAUUUUUUGCGUAAGCCAGGUUGUAGUUAUCGAAGGGUUGUAGAGUCUAGGCAUAAUAUAAUGGUUGUCAGUCUUUAAAAACUAACGUCUUGAAAAUGUAUAUCAUGCUUGUUUUCUAUCUCUUCUUUAAACUGAGAAUACGUUCUGCGACAGUGACUGUGCUGUUUCAUUUUGGAUUUUUUUCCAAUUGGGAAACUGAGACGUCAUUUUCUCUUCUUUGUUUUUAUGCAUUUUACGUUUGAAAUGAACAAACUCGAAAUAAAACUGAUAUCGUAA